CCGGUUUGUUGCUAUUGGUGUUAUGGAGAUGGCGGAAAGUUCAAUUACAGUGAUGGUUACUCAUGCAAGCUCCAAACACAACAUCACACUAACAGGACAGGAUGGAAAUGAACCUACACUUAAAGACCUGUCAGAAACUCUGGCACAAGCCACUGGGGUACCACAAGCUUCUCAGAAAAUAAUAUUUAAAGGAAAGUCCUUGAAGGAAAUGAAGGCAAGUCUGUCCAGCCUUGGAAUAAAGCAAGGAUGUAAACUUAUGAUGAUUGGGAACAGGAAUAGUCUAGAGGAGGAGGCUGAACUGAAAAAGCUGAAAGACCUCGAGAAGCGUAUGGAGAAAACAGCCAAGAAGUUGGAGAAAGUCCAUGAUGAACUGACCAGAUUAAAAAAUGGCUUUUUAGUAAAGGAUCUACAGGCUGAAGCUCUUGAUAAACUGGACAACCGAGUAACCGCGGCUGCUGAACAGUUUAUAAAGAUCCUCGAGGAGAUUAAUGCCAUGACUGUGCCUGAGAAUUUUAGCGACUGUAGGAUGAAGAAAAAAGGACUUGUCAAAACUGUACAGGGGUUCCUUGCUCAGUGCAACAAGCUUGAAGCCGGCAUAUCGGCUCAUCGGGCAAAGAUUCAGAACAAAAAUCUCGCCCUGACUGAGUAGCGGGAAGCCGUUAACAUCAGCGAUUAGGUUAUUUGCUCUGUGAGCGACUGAGCUUCAGUACUGGAGCAGGUUCAACGAUGUUUCUUUAUGUAUACGUCUUUUAAAGGGCAGCUUACAACUUGUCACAGUGAUCUGGAGGUUAAAAUGGAAAAAUGCAAAUGUUUUCAGCAGCAGCGAAUUAAUUUUUGCUGAAGAAAAUGAAUUAAUAUUUCAUAUCAUAUACUACUUACAUAAACACGUUGAAAAC